CAUGAAGAAGGAGCUGCCCGGCCCGACGGGGGCUUGGCCGACACCCUCGUUUAUGGAAAUCGACACCGAGGCUUUGAUAUUUGGGCCUUGAUCUUUUUUUUUCCCCUUUAUGACGGAGGUGGAAGGGGGAGACGAGCUGCGCGUGAAGAAGCGAAAUAUUAUGACUAUGUCUUAUUUGGUCGCGUAGAAAAGAUUCCGUUUCCACCCUGCGUCCUUUAAAAAAUAAAUAAAUACAAGAGACUGUUGUUUAGCUGGCUAACUAGCCGGAGUGCUAACGUUACGUCUUUCUUUUGAUGUGAUGCGAAUUCAACCAUCACUAACGGCCAUUAACGUUUCGACAGCGAGAAACAUUUUUUUAUUCCCGCGGCGGUUGGACGUUAGUUAGCUUCACGCCGCGACGUCCGGCUUGUCACGUUAUUCAGACACGUUCUAAGAAUAUCAUUUUAUUCUUACGUUGCGGGCGGAAUAUAUCGUAAUGUGUCGAGUUAGCCGUGCGAGCAUAAGCUAAUUGGCUGGAAUCAACACGGAGCUAGCAAGCUAGCUAGCUAGCGACCUAGCUACCUGGCUAGCUAGUAGCAUUAACUAGUCAAAAGUCAACCAGACAGCUGAUGUUACUCGUCCAGCUGGGAGUCAUUCGAGGAAGGAAAAACACUCGCCCAUUUCAAAACAGUUCACGUUAACGGGACGUCAUGUCACGGCAGCCGUCGUGUUAAAUUGUGGGUUGUCCGGGUUUAGUGGCCUCGCUACCGCAGCUAAACGCAUCCGUUUGGCUAAUUCAUUUUGUCAGCGUGUGCAGAAACACACAGGCGACACUCCGGUGGUAUCGAGCGAUGCCAGCGUUGGCGUUGAUUUCACUGUGAAAUACAUCGGCCAGCGAUUUGUCCCACUUCGCCAGCAGCACCGUUGGACGUGUCCUUUUUGUUUUGUUGUUUACAUGCGUGUAACUUGUGCGGUUGUCGGCUGAUUUUCUAGCUAGCUAGCCUGCUAGCUAACGUUAGCCUACCCCGAGACACAAGCAGCCAUGUCCUGACAUUUGGGUCCAUGUCUGUGUGUGGGUUUUUCUCGGGCGAUUUAAAAAUUCCCACGUGGAUCUAAGUUUCAUUGAGAUGACACUAAAGUUUCGCCGGAAGAAAGGCACCGAUGCCCACGGACUGUUGUCGAAGGACGGUAAAUAAUAGCCCCUGGUUUCGUUAACGCCAUUUUAGCGGAGGCUCCCUUGCGAGGGCCUGUGUGCGGGUGGUGGGUGCGUUUCCACCGGACCGGGACUUGGAUCAAAGUGCCUUUGGUGUCACCGGAGUCGAGAGCAGCAGGCGCCGCGUGAACAUGGAGGGGCCGAGCCGCAGCGCCGGAUUCCGGCAGAGCCGCCGCUCCCGCUCGCAGCGCGACCGGGAGCGGCGGCGGCGGAGGGUGGACCUCGCCGAGCAGCGGGCCACGUCCCUGUCCUCGGGCUCCGACCGGGAGGCGUGCGGGGCGAACGGCGCGCUGGGGCCCGGCGGCAGAGAGUGCCGGCCCGGCUUCGGGAGACACAGGCCUCCGCGCCGGAGGAAGAGGGAGUCGGUGUCCUGCGAGGAGGACAUCAUCGACGGCUUUGCCAUCGCGAGCUUCAUCAGCCUGGAGGCACUGGAGAUGGACUGCUCACUGAAGCCCAGUCAGCGCUCUGACAUGCUGGGAAGGAGGAACAAGGGGAAGAGGGGGCCCGAGGAGAACGGUGGUGGGCCGCUUUCAGAGCCGGAGGAGGGAGCCCCACACAGCUACCCCAACAGCUGCUGGAACAAGAGCCGAAACAAGAGGAGAAAGAUCGAGGGGCACCCUUUGGAGACUGGUUACAUUUGUGACACAGAGAGUGAUACAGGAGACAAGGCUUCUGACAAUGACAUGGAUCCCGUAUUCACAGUCAGCACCAGAAAAGUUGCGGAACCUGCCCCCUCAAACAUGGGCACGUCCGUGGGCAAAAGCUGCCCUCCCCUACCGGCCCGUUGCGGCGGCGUCUCGCGGUUGAUGGUGACCCCGCGGGUGUCCGGCCUGGAGCGCAGUCAGGAGAAAAACCUGGAGCCGCAUUUCCCCGAGCCCGUGUCCUCUUCUACCUCUUCCGCCUCCUCCCGCCUGCCUUCCCACUCUCCGGUCACGGCCUCGGGUGCCGUGCCUCGGCCCGGCCCGCUCAACGGGAACGGGGGCCGCCACAACUGUAGCCCGCCACUCUCCAAACCCAAACCCUUCCACACUUUGCCAGGACGAUCUCACUCCAUCUACAACAUCAACAACAGGAUCAACACCCCUGUCAAACCUCCGUCAUCUGCGUCGUCGGUUGCGUCUUCCUCGUCCUCCAUGCGCCCCCCGACUCCCUCCACCAGCGUGUCGCUGCCCUACAUCAGGGGCUCAGUAUCCUCGGGGCCCCUCCGACCCCCGUCCCGAGCCAGCUCCGGGGCCCUGUACACGUCCUCACCCGGCCUGCCUCCGCCUCCACCUCUGCUCCAAGGUCCUGCCCACUCAGCAGCAGCAGAGCGCGAGGGCAGACGCAGCGUCCCAGGGGCUGAAAACAACAACACGGCAGCCGGCCGCUCCACUCCUGGGGGCCCGUCAGCUUCGAGCUCCGCACCGGGUUCGUCGGGCCGGACGUCCCAGAACCAGGCGAGCAUCCCGCCCAUGGCCUUCCAGUUCCAUCAGCACAACCACCAGCACCAACACACGCACACGCACCAACACUUCACGCCCUUCCUGCACCCCACCGCUACCGCACCACCGCUGUUUGAUAAGUAUCCAGGCAAAAUGGACGGUCUGUACCGACAUCCUUUCUUCCCACAGUACCCGCCUCCCUCAGUGCCGAGUAUCCAACCUGUGAUUCCUCCCACCGGGCCUUUCAGCUCCUUGCAAGGAGCGUUUCAGCCAAAGCCUCUUGUCCCUCAGGGAACGGGUCCCGACAUAUCCGCACGACUUGGGGUUGUGCCUCACCACCUGCAGCCCAAAGACCCCAGGGUGAGGACGCUAACUGAUCCAUUUGGGACACCGUUGAAAGUCAGUAAUAAACCAGGAAAGUGGUGUGCUAUGCAUGUUUAUGUGGCCUGGAUGAUUCUAAGCCAUCAGAAAAAAGUAAAGCUGAUGCAGGCUGAUCCUCACAAGUUGGACUUCCGUAGCGACCUGCUGGCCCGUCUUCCCGGAGCAGGAGGAAUGGGACCGCUCGGGCCCAUGGGAGGAGCCCUCCCUCCCACUCACGACAUGACCAGACCCCCCAGUCUGUUCUCAGCUGCAGGUUUAUGUGCAGUCAAUCCGUCCUCCGCUCCCUUCAUGUCUCCUUCAGGGCCUCACUCCUCUUUCCUCACACCAACUGCACACUUGGAUCCGUAUGGCCGUUCUCCACCUUUCACCCCGCUGGGAGCCCUGGGUUCUGGUGCCUUCGGAGGACUUGGCAGCCCGACUCUGGCGGGCUCCAUGUUUGGCCCUAAAGACUCCCCAGCCGGCCUGUCCAACCCAAACCAUCACGACGCGUGGAACCGUCUGCACGGCGGCCCAUCUGGGUUCCCCGUUGGCCCCGGCUGGGCCAAAGUGAUGGACAAGAGGGACGAGAGGGACCGGGUGAAGGACGGAGAGAGGAGAGACAUCCCCCACAUCAAGGAUGAGAAGGACAGAGACAACAUGCUGUAUGGCCGACAACCUGUGAGAAUGUCUCCGGUCGGCCCCUCCUUCAAGCCCCGCAGUAGCACCCCGGUCUCCCACAUCAAUGGCCACAGCAGUGGCCUGGGCGGGGGCGGUGGGCCUAUCGAGGAGCUGACGCGCAGCUUAAACAGAGACCGAGAGCGCGAGAGGGACAGAGAUGGGGACAAGAGGCCACUGCCAACGCUGUCCUCACGGGCACCGCCUCUUGCUUCUUCGUCUUUAGUAGCAGACCGGGACAGACCGCGGUCCUCCUCGUCCUCCGUGCUCACCACUCCCCCGCCCUCUGGCCGCUCGGCCCCGUCUCCUAUGGACCUCUACCCCCGCACAUUGGCCUCAACAGCACACACCCUCCACGGCGAACCUUCACACUCCCAAAGAGACGGUAACCUCCCCACUUCCUCCGCAGCUUCUGCCUCCGUCACGUCGUUGUCUCAGGCCAGGAAGUCUGAUCGGACCACGACGCCCGUCUCCAAACCUCCCAUGCUUCUCCCGCCGGUUAAAGUCAAAGAGGAGCGGAAGGAGGAGCCGGAGCACAUCCCCAUCUCCCUGCCUCCCCCUGCACCCAACCACGGCUUCGACCGGCCCAACAGCCAUCCACACCACCACAGUUCUGGUACCCCUUCCUCCUCCUCUAUGUCACUGACCCCCACUCCUGGUGUUUCCCUUCCGCAACACACUCAGAACCCUCCUCCCCACCAACACCUUUCCCUGCUGGACCGCUCAAGAGCCAUCGAGGCUUAUCUGGGAAACACAGCGGGAGCUCACGGGUUGAUAAUGGGUCCAGGAGAGCGUUUCCAUCACGGUCCACCCCAGGGGCCACCACAGGGCCCACACAGCUUCACCUGGGACCCCUGGAGGGAGCUGGCAGCUCAGCAGCAACAUCAGCAUCGUAGGGAGGCAUUGGCACUUAGGUCGGACCCACAUCUGGCCCUGCGAUCGGAUCCGCAUCUGGCCCGGCUGCUGCAGCAUCAGCGCCUUCUGGAGGCAGAGAGGGCUGCAGCUGUCGCAGCCGCAGCAGCAGCCGCCGCCCCUCACCACCCUCCAACUUCUACCUCUGCUUCCACCUCCGGUGUCCGACAGGAGUUCGGCUUAAUGGCACAUCACUUUGACCGCCAACAUCACCUGGGACCGCCGGGAGGAGGGUUGAUGGACGAGGAGCAGCGUGCCCAGAUCCUGAGGGAAGACUUUGAGCGGGCUCGCUACUUCGGGAUGCAUCCACACCUCUCUGCUGGUUCUCACCUCUCAAGUCCCUCUCAUGCUGCUGCAGCUCACCUGGAGCAGCUCCACCCCGGCCUUCUUUCCCACUCACUUCCCCCCGGAGCCGCCGCCGCUGCUGCCGCACAGCACCACCACCACCACGCAGGCCUCUACUCCCGCCUGGGCCAGAUGAACCCGCACCACAUGUCCAACGGCCUCAUGGGGAAAAGCCCGGCAGGCUUGGUGGGGGUGCCGCCUCCGCUCAUUCCGUCCAUCACCAGCCGGUCGUCCACACCUCCCCGCAGACCUCUCGGGCCGGGCGAGCUGGCACUGUACAGCGCCCACAAAGACGCAGAGUCCAGAUAGUACAGGGACAACACUGGAGGAGAUUCAGGAACAUGUCAGGAUCACUGUGCUGCUCUCAACCUGCCCCCCCUUUCCCCUCUUGCAGACUACUACAACCCUGCCCUCCCCAGUUACACAACCACACCAGCUCCAGUCGCCCCACAAGAAAAAAAAGGGGGGGGGGGACGGGGACCGUGACUGGCUGGAGGUGACGGUAGGGAGGGAAAUGCAAGACUUGUCAGUGUGACUUGGAAUAUGCCCAAAUUGUUCUAUCAGUGCAAUUCAAAGGUACAUGGUUUCUGUGCAUCCUUGGUGUAAUUUUUUAUUUUAAUUUUAUACUGGUCGUCGGUUAUUACAGUACUCACUUUUGAAAGCUGUAGAAGAGGCAGAGGACGGUCAUGUGAAUCACAAUCCAUGCUUCUGAGCAGACGCCCCCCUUUUCCAGUUGGAUUUGGAAAAUAACUUCCAGAAGGACGCACAACUUUGAGAACAAGUCAAGGGCUCGUCCUCAGCUUCACUCACCCUCCUCCACGUGAAUCAUGCCCGGUGAGGGUGUUUUAGAACUACAGUGGGGAAGUGGUGCUUUAUGUUUCUGUCUGUCUUUUUUUGUCGUUGUGGAAAAAGACGGAUUAUCAAUGAGACCAUUUAAUGAAUAUCAGUAAGCGUUGUACCUCAGUUUACUGCUCCCCCCCUCCCAAAAAAAUCACACCCCAAAACCCCUCAGCUUCACUGAUAAUGAGAUUCAACCUUUUUGUUUUUGCCUUGUUUUUUUGUUUUGUUUUCAUAGGAUGAACGGGCAAAAUGAACUCAGCGUCACUGUGCGAGUGGAACACGGUGUUUUAGAGCUUCCUGUAACUGUUUCCCAGUCUCCUCUGGACUUUAUGAGCAGGACCAGAUUAUAGUAGUCUAGACAAAUUGCCUUUGUAAUUAUUAUUCUUAACAUUAAUUAUCUUCUAUAAUAAUAAAUAUAUUCACUGUUAUGUUAUUUGUCAUUGUUUCGGGUAUCAACCAGUACGCUCUCUCUCCCCCCCAGGUAGUAAUAUGUUUCAAAUCAUGCAGAAGGUAAAAGCAGAAAAAGGUUUUUAAUGCUUGUGAACUUUGAGCCUUAUUACCGACCGCAAACUCCGGCCUCUUGGAGGAAUCUCAUCUAUGACUUAAUUAUGCUCUGAGAGGGAGGUUUCGCCUGUUUGUCACUGGUUGUGUGCUAUAUCCAUUUUUGGGACUUACGGGAGCCUUGUACAUUGAACUGUCAAGUUGUUGUUCUUUCAUCAACAACAAAUAAGUUAUAUACGUGGAUAAAGUGGGACAUCUGCUGAAGAGCUGAGGAAAAAAAAAAUAUAAGGACUUGAGUCAAAAGACAAACUACACAGUGGGUAAUCCUGAGAGGGAAAAGACUGGGUCGAUUAUUUUAAUAUGACCAUUUUAUACCUUUCAAACCCCUCCCCUAGAGACCACAAAGAUUAAUUAUUAAAUGAAUUGUUGUUUA